AUGAGUGCCGAAUUUAACCCCUGGGCCCUAUCAGGCGUUUUCUUAAGUACGGGCGACACAUUCAAGCGUCAUGUUCACGGCACAAUUCUUUUUUCGCCGGUCCCCUGGAGCUUGUCUAUGAGUGCCUCGGAACACAUGCAAUCCUUCUCCCACGCUGUCUAG